AUGUCGCCUUCAGACGCCGCCGCCGCAGCCGCCAACAGCAACAGCAACAUCCGCGUCUUUGUCCGCUGGCAGGACCAUGUCGUCUUCGCCGGAGAGGAAGUCAAGUGCACAAUCACCUUCAAGAACGUCGCACGACCUCCCGGGCCCCCGCCGACCACGCCCACAAAGAAUCCGCAUCCGUCUCCGAGACAUCUAGGUGCCGCUGCCGAGCAACGAAUGCGCCAGCCAUCCCCUCUCGGCCCCGGUCACCCUGUUCAGUCGUCGUCCGUUGCUACACAAGGAGGAAAUGGCCGUACCAAGGGCCAUGCUGACGGCCUGGCGCCGCCGCCCUCGGUGCGCGGACGCGGUCACGGCCAUCGGUCCACCCUUUCCUUGACAGUUCCAUCCGCCGCUGCCACUUCCCGCGCCCGAGACAGCUCCAUACCCUGGUCACCAAUCCAGAAUCCCGGGCCCAGCAGCAGCUCCCGCGGUGGUCCUCCCUCGAGCUCCUCCGCCCGGAGCAACGGCAAUGGCCACGGACACAAGAGGUCGGUGUCCAUCGUGUCACUGGGCUCUACAAAGGCCAUGGACGAGGUUCCGGACCUCAAUUCGUCCCCCGCCAAGUCCCAGCGACCAGCGAGGGGUCAUGCCCGAGCUUCGAGUUUGCAGAUUAACUCCCGUCUUCCUUUCUUUGGCGGGCCCAAGUCUGGCAAGGCCGCCUCUUUCUUACGUGAGGCCACCACUGAACAGACGCCUGACUAUGUACCUCGCCCCCAUACAGCUACACACCCAAAAGUGCAGACCUCUCAGCAGCCAUCACCCCUUUUCCAUGCCUCUUACCCUCCCAACCGGAACACACUACACAGCCCGACCGAAGGCCCUCUGACUCCUUCCGAACGAACACGAAACAUCUUCCCAUGGGCAACGUCCCCCUCUCCCAAGGCUUCUCCUAGAGCCGAGCAGAACACCGAGUUCAGGUUCCCUUUCACCAAAUCUUCUUCUUCGCCCGAUGUUGUCCACGGAGGCAGUCCGGCGGGGCCCAUACAUGAAGACAACAUCAUGAGCCCAACAUACUCGGUCGCUGGCGAAUCCGUCAGGUCUCUCCCGAUGCGAUCAAGAGACCCUAUCCCCACCAUCAACGAACAUGGUGCGAUACCCUCGGCACGUAUUCUUUCAACAACCAGCAUUGGCGGCACACCAAGGAGUAGUGGCGAGUUUUACUCCAUGAGCAAUUACUCUUCCGAGACCCUGGCAUCCGAAUAUGUCCAACCACAGCCGCUGAGAAUGGCUGGUGGGCGAUCGGGCCACAGCAGGCGGCCGUCCAGUUUCUCCCCAAGUACGGCAAAGAUGCCAGAAACGUUGAUGAUGGGAUAUGCGCAAAUCCAGGGUUCAUUUACGCUUGAUGGCUCUUUGGUAAACCUCGGCCCAUUUGAGCAAGUGAAGCGGAAAGCUGUAGUGGGUGGCCAUGGUGGCGGCGUCAUUGGUGUGGAAACUACGAAGCGCGACAGCGGCUUGCUGAGGGGCUUCGGCUGGGGCAGUAUCACGAGCUCCAUUGGCGAGCUUCUAGGCGGAGGAGAACUCAGCACCAUCAAAGAGAUGCGCGGGAUUGCCAGCUCAAAGUCGAUCCCGCUGUUGUCAACACCCCAGUCGAUUCUUUUCGUCGACCUGCAGCUAGCACCCGGGGAAAGCAAGACGUUUGAAUAUUCGUUCAAACUGCCCAAGGGGCUACCACCAACGCAUCGCGGCAAGGCGAUGAAGAUAUCAUACAGCCUCGUCAUUGGCACGCAAAGGCCUGGAGGCGCAAAGGAUAAGCACGUCAAGUCUGUGGACGUUCCGUUCCGCGUGCUUGGAAGCGUCAACAGCCACGGCGAAAUCCUAGGUCACGACCUGAUGGCGCCGUAUAUCAUCCUGCGAGACCAGGCGCGGGUUAAGACCAUUGAUAAUACAAACACAGCAUCUACCACUACCUUACAUAAUCAUAAUCACCAGCAACAACCACAACAAGCACGACAGAAACUAUUGGGAGACAAACCCGCCGCCAACGAAGACUCCUUCCUCUCCUAUGUUGACGAGCUUCUCUCCUCCCGCUCCCUCCAACUCCAAAACGGCGCUCGCGCCCCUGGCCUUCUCAGUCCAACAGCUAGCGGCCCCCCCUCCCGCCGACAGUCCAACUACUCCCUCAACUCUAACACGUCCUCGCACUUUAAUCCGUUCGGCCCGCAAACCCACAUGCCUGCUCUCACCGCAAAAGAGGCCAUCGACCUGGCCAUUCUCCGCUCCAACAUAGCCUCCCACUACUCCAACCAAUCCACUAACCGCUUCGAAAUCGCCCGCAACGGUCGCCGUGUCGCCGUCGUCAUGCUCGCCCGCCCCGCCUACCGAUUAGGCGAGCAGAUCACCAUGGCCAUUGACUUUGAAGACGCCGAGAUCCCUUGCUAUGCUGUGCACGUUGCUUUGGAGACAGCCGAGCGGGUAGAUUCCAGCCUGGCGCUGAGAAGUGAAGCGAGUGUGCACCGUGUAACGAGAAAGGUGCUGGUAAGCAGCAGUGAAGCGACCAUGUUCGCCAAGAGGGUGGUAUUCACGCCAACGAUUCCCGUCACAGCCACGCCGGAGUUUGUCACGAGCGGAGUCAGUUUAGAGUGGAAGGUUAGGGUGGAGUUCGUGGUGGCAAGCGCAGAGGCAUUAGAGAGGAUGGGACAGUCCCAGGUGCUGGGACAGGCGCAAGGGCAAGGGAUGAUGGGGUUGGGGAUAACUAAUAUUGGAGAGGAGGAGUAUGACAUUGUUAGUGACGAAGAGGCGGAGAGGAAUGGAGUCAUUGAAGAGGAGGAUGAAGAAGAAGAAGCGGAUGAAGCGCAUAAGGGUAGCGAGGGAAAAGAGGAAGAAGAAAGGGAAACGAGGUUAGUCAAAGCCAAUGGCAGCGUUGCUGAAGGGGGGAACCAGAAAAGCAAAAGCAGGCCGCCUAUGUUGCGCAAGAACCAGACCAUCUCUGAACGCGAACGGGAAAGACAGAGGAAUGCUAUGCAGCAGCAGCAGCAGCAACCGCAUCCCUUGCUGGAAGAGAUUUCGAGGGAUGAUAGGGGCGGUUUGAUUUUGGUGGCGGCGGAGAAUCUCAUCUGCGAGAGCUUCGAGGUCGCAGUACCGUUGAAGAUUUACGGUGCUGUUGGUACGGGGCUGGAGAAGUUGGAGAGGGAUGAAGCUACGGAAGAGGGGUUACCUGUGUGAAUGAUUUUUCUCACCAGGUAGUCUACAUGGCUAUUUUGGAGUGAAUGGAUGAUUACGACAUGGCAGCGAUGGGGCCAGAAAAAGUAACAGACGCAAAUGAACAUAUGGGUGAUGGAUGGGCUAGGCUGGGCCGGUCGGACAGACAAAAGCUACUUUGAAGAGACGGAAAAGGCAAGGAAGAGAAGAGGAAAUCCAGGCCCUGUUAAUUUUAGGAUGUCUCGAGAUGAACUUUUCUGCUAGAU